AUGAACUUCUCGGAAAUCUUGGACAUGGCCGUCCCAACUCCGUCCGCGUUGGUGCGGAUGACGAUCCUGGUCGUCAUCCUUCAGGUGAUGAUCGCCUGGGGUAUCAUGACAACGACCGUUUUCACCGAGGGCACCCCGGUCACGAUGGCGGCCGCUGAACAGUCGUUGUCCAUCACCGGCAUUACCACCAGCGAGUUCCCCUGGGCGUCCAUCAUCUGGACGCUGAUCGCGUUGAUUUUGUCCGCGUUUUCGGGCAGGGACAUCGUCAUCGACAUUAUGGCCUUAAUGUUCACCACGAUGCCCUUCGAUUCAUUCGUCAAGACGCUUGGCUUCGUCCUCGUCAUUCUCCUUCACGCUCACUUCUAUGGGUUGGCCGAGCGUUGCCUUCGCACUGCCGUACAAUUCGGCAACACCAGGCGAGUUGUGAUGUCCGCGAAGCACAAGGCGCAGGUCAAGGCGCUCAAGAAGAAGCUCCGGGUCAAGUGCCGGAUGGUGGAACUGGCGUCCAUUUUGGACGUCCAAUCGGCUAACCUUCAAGCCUCGUACCGGCAAAGGAUCAAGCUGCAAGACAAGCAGCUAUUCACUCUCCACCUCCAGUUCAGCGACCUUCAGCGGUCGAACGCCGCGACCGUGAGGGAUUUCUCGCACUACAUGUGGUGCGCCGAAAGAACCGUGGACUCGCUUACCGGCGCCAAUGCCCUGCUCGAGAACAAACUUGCCUGCUUGGAGGCAGAUGUGCAGACUGGCCACGACCUCUAUGACCAGUUUCGAUCCGACUUCCUCUGCUCUCUUCGGGACGGAGAGACGGCGCUCAGCCACAAGGAUGCGGAGAUAUCCUCUCUGAAGCAGGACAACGCUCAGCUCGUUAAGGCCAAUCAGGACAAGGACGAGGAGAUCAAGCUCCUGAAGGCUCAGCUGGCCAUGCAGCUCAAGCAGCCUCAGGAAGGCGAAAACAACGCCCACACCGACAUCUCCACCGAGCUGCCCAGCCCCAGCUUGCACAGCAGGUGGGGAAGCGCCGAGAACGUCCCAGGUGUCUCGAGUUUCCAGGCCAAGCGCCACCCGUCCGUCUCCACGGACUCGUCCGCCGCUGUGAUCGCCACGGCCGCUUCGGGGACCUUCGUCUCCAAAGCCUCCCGUUCGGGCACCAAGUCGGUCGCCACGACGACCUACCUGGACACCACCGCCGAUGACAAGGCGGCGGCGGAGUUCCUAAUUGCGGACACCGCGCUCGCACACUGGUGGUUGUCGGCGACCGCUACCUCGGCUGGACACUGA